AUGCUCCCACUUUUCCUUCUCAACUCAGUCAAGGGCCAGCCAAUCAUGGUCGAGCUUAAGCGCGGAGAAACUCUGAAUGGCACACUGACAAAUUGUGACUCGUGGAUGAAUAUCACAAUGAAAGAUAUUGUUGUGUCAGAUGCUCACGGCGAGAACUUCUACAAACUCAAAUCAACAUACGUCAAAGGAAUACACAUCAAGUACAUAACGAUGUCAAACGACCUCAUAGAUAAGUUCAGGGAGGAGCAGUUGAAAGAAAGAGAAUACUACAGACACCGUAAUAACGGUGGUAAUAACUACCAGAGAAGAGGCAACAGGAGGAACUAUAACGGGAACCAGAGGUAUGGAGGGCACUCGAAUCGGUCACAGGCUUGA